AUGCCACAAAACACCGAUUGGGACACAAACCCUGACGUGGAGAAUGCUGUAUGGCAGGUCACUCAGAGACUUGCGCCGGCCAUGGCCAAGAAGAUGUACGGGUUCAUGAAGAGAACGUGGACUACGGCGCUUGCAGAGCUCCGCAAGGAUGAAAAAGCGCCUUCCAGGCCAGAGGAUCGUCGCACCCACUUCGUCAGGGCAUGGAUAUCCGACACCUUGUGGAGACUAUACCAAGCUGGUGACAACUGGUCAGCGGAGCCUGCCAGCAUGGGUAUUGAUCCCCACGAGGCGGAAGACGUGUUCGGCAGAGUCCUUUCAAGACCUCGCGUGCUUCCGGAUGAGGCAGGAGGGCGAUUACCAGUGCCCCCUCGACCGUGGCACGUGGUGACACAGGUCGUCAAGGAGACCUUUGCGGAGCUGUCCGAGGCCAGAGUCGUGGACGCAUCCAGCGACAAGAAGAAGAAACGACCUGCCAAGCCAAAGCCAGCCAAAGGCAGAUCUGACACCGCGCGGACUUACGCUACUUCGCACGACUAUGCCAAAGUCGCUGACUCCGACAUACCGUUCUGGGCGAGGAAGAUGUGGGACCGUGAUCAGGAAGCCGCUCCUCCCAAAACUUGGCAAGGAGACGACCAGGGCAAAGAAUCUGGAGGUAAAGGCAAAGACAGAGGCAGAGACAAGGGGAAGGAAAAAGGAGGUGAAAAAGGCAAGGAGAAAGGCAAGGGGAAGGGAAAGGGCAAGGAGAAAGCUCUGGAGAGAACUAGAAGUCAAGGCGGCUCUUCUUUCCGGACCAACUCCAGGUCAAGAAGCCGAGAGGAGAGGGGAGGCAAGAUGGUGCCGAAUCGUAGUCGCUCCUGGGGUGGUCGGGCAAACAGCCGACCUCGCAGAUAUCCUGGGAGAAUGACCUACUUCGAUGCAGGCAGGCGACGCCCGUCUAGCAGAAGUAGGCGACGCGACAGAAACAGAGGAGGUCGGCGAAGAAGAUCAUCACAGAGGUUCCGGCGGGCGCAGUCUGCUGGUCGAACAGUGCGGGAAGAUGCUCGCCGCACAAAUACCCCAGAGGGUAGACGGAGCCGAAGCGCCAAGCGAGGCCCUCGAACUCCUUUCAGCGUGCACAGGCCUCCGGCGUCACCGAAGGUGAAAUCAUCAGAGCCGCGGGAGCCCACAGCACAAAGCAAGGUCAAGCCCAAAGAUCCCGAAAAGGCGCGCAGCCCAAGUGAGCGUUCAAGCUACAGCGAGUCCAGCAUGGACACGAAGAGGCCCAAAACAGCCAAGCCCCAGAAGAAGGAGCAGCAAAACGAGCAGAAAGGGAGCGAACGCGAGGAAGCCUCACCCGCUUCUGAGGCAGCGCAGCCUGCAGAGGCCGAGGCGAAACCGAAAGCCAAGGAGCGCAGCAACAGCAGCGGGAGCGAAUCAUCAGAGCAGAGCGGUGGCAGGCCCCAGGAGGCCGAGCGUCCGCCCAGUCAGGAGGCAAGCGAGCCCGAGAAGAGCGAGAAAGAGGAGGAUGCACCUGAAGCAGAGGGAGCCGAGGGAGUGGAAGACAGUGUGCAGGAGGAGGAGGAGCCAGCGGAAGUCGAGGCCGAGGCCGGCGAGAACGCCGAAGCAACCGAGGCUGCCGAAGCCACUGAGGCUAACGAGGCUAACGCAGAGGGCGAGACAGAGGAGGCAAAGGAGGACGCCAUGGAUCUCGAGGCAGACCUGUUCGAUGACCUCGACGACGAGAAACUCAUGGCAAAGCUGCAGCAGGGCUUGAUGAAGGUGGAGGAGACUGAAAGCACCAAAGAUACCACACAGCCGGUGGAGCUUGUGGAGUGCAUUAACCGAGUCAAGGGAACUUGCCUUGGCCUCCGAGAAGAAAACAGUGAGGAGAAGGUGGAGCACAAGCUGUUGUUUCCAGACGACCGUGCCCGCGGUGGACUGUUCACUGGCAUGUAUUGCAUGCAGUGCGCCAAGAUUGUGGAGUUCAGUUGGCAAGUUAUUGCUGCCGCCUGA